ACGUCACUUUGAAUAUCUCUUGAAAUUCACAGAUCUGUUUAAACUCUCGUUACAGAUCACACGACUAUAAUGCUGCGUAGAGAUGUGGAAUCUAGCAUAUCAUAUUGGUUGUGUUUGCAAUAGCAAGUUUGUUUAAUUUUGUCGGCAGUACUCUGAGUUACGCAUUUCCAUAGAUUUUGUUCGUGUAUUUCACUCACUACUCAAGCUUUCUAGGGUUUUACUUUUGCAGCAUAAGAGAUGUUGUUAGUGAUUGAAUUAGGACUGUAAUUUGACAUCUUAUACUUAUUAGUCUCGCUCCUCAUCUAUUCUUAGCUACCUGAUCUCCGACGCUCCUUUCUUUUCCCGGUGUUCCAAUGAUCUUUUCUUCCCUGUCUCCGGCGUUCUCUCACAGAUGAGAUAUCGCCUUGAAUACGUCCCAACAGCUGCUUCUCCCUGCUCCCCUCUCCUUCUCCAUCGGCAACGAUCUUCUCUCUUUUUCCUUUAGGUUUACAUGUGAAUUGAUUUUAUUUUGGUUGUGAUAUCAUAUGUAUCUGUUCAUUUGCUGCCUAGGUGUUGAUAAUUGUUCAAUUGCUACUGCUCAUAACAGGAAAGACACAUUGUGUUCAUAUAGAAAUAAACAGUGGGUUUUUAACAUUUUUGAUUCACUGUUUAUCUCAUAUUCUCAUUGCAGAUUUAGAUGACAAAUGAUGUGGAAAACCCACAAAAAGAUCCCCUCCCUCCUCCACCUGUCAUUGAAUCAAAAAACUGUUAUGAAAUUCCCUUACCCUGGUGCCCUAACUGCAUUACAAUACUUCACAAGUGCAUCCGGUGUAUUCCUUUUCGGGUCCCUCAACUUUCUCCAACAUGACCGAUUAGACCUUCAAACAAUGUGGCGUUUCCUUCCAGCUGCCAUUAUAUUCUAUCUUUCCCUCUUCACAAACAGUGAACUCCUCCUUCAUGCAAAUGUUGACACCUUCAUUGUAUUUCGUUCAGCAGUUCCAAUCUUUGUUGCCAUUGGAGAAACCCUUUACCUCCACCAACCAUGGCCUUCACUCAAGACAUGGCUUUCACUUUCCACCAUUUUUGCAGGGAGUCUACUGUAUGUCAUCACAGAUUACCAGUUUACCCUCAUGGCGUAUAGCUGGGCUUUAGCAUAUCUUAUAAGCAUGUCGAUAGAUUUUGUCUACAUAAAACAUGUGGUGAUGACAAUCGGAUUGAACACAUGGGGUCUUGUUCUUUACAAUAAUCUUGAAGCUUUGUUACUUUUCCCAUUGGAGUUGUUGAUAAUGGGGGAAUUGAAGAAGAUAAAACAUGAAAUCAAAGAGGAGACAGAUUGGUAUUCUUUUGAGGUGAUUUUGCCAGUGGGUUUAUCGUGUUUGUUUGGUUUGGCGAUUUCUUUUUUUGGGUUUUCUUGUAGAAGGGCAAUUUCGGCAACGGGUUUUACAGUUCUUGGGAUUGUGAAUAAGCUUUUAACUGUGGUGAUUAAUUUGAUGAUUUGGGAUAAACAUUCGAGUUUGAUUGGGACAAUUGGGCUUUUGAUUUGUAUGUUUGGUGGGGUUAUGUAUCAACAGUCUACUAGCAAAAACCCUAAUUCCAAAACUUCUUCUGAUGUUAAACAAGUUGUUGUACAAGAAGAAGAUGAGCAACAAAAACUGCUUGAAAUGCAAAAUGUCACGAAUUCAGAGGAAGCAAAAUGAGAUACAUGUUGCUUUUACACAUGUGUUGUAUACUGGGAAAUUGUUACUUUACUUACAAUAUUGUAGAAUAGGUCAAAGAUUCAUUUUUUUUUUAAAUCAAAGGAGGACAUCGUAUUUGGUUAUGCACAUUAAGAUUUAUCAAGUACCAAAUGUUUGGUAUCGUUUUGUUAGAAAUAGUUCAUUGUUUCUUGUAUAAUUUGCAUUCGUACACUAUUUUUGUGCUUUAUAAACCUAGUCCUACUACAUGCUUUUUUGUGCAAUAGUUACAAAUGUGCCAAUAUUAAUAAACAAGCAAUUUUGUCCUC